GCGUCGGUGACCCCGCUGCGAGGCCGCGGGGAGACUUCAGACCCUGCGUGCGGGCCCGUGAGCGGCCGCCGCCGCCGCCGCCGCGUCUCCCAGUGAUCUAGAUUCAAGAUGAAUAGCGAUCAAGUUACACUGGUGGGUCAAGUGUUCGAGUCUUAUGUUUCAGAGUACCAUAAGAAUGAUAUUCUUCUAAUCUUGAAGGAAAGAGAUGAAGACGCUCAUUAUUCAGUUGUGGUUAAUGCCAUGACCCUUUUUGAGACCAACAUGGAAAUUGGAGAAUAUUUCAAUGUGUUUCCCAAUGAAGUAUUAACUAUUUUUGAUAGUGCAAUCCAAAGAUCAGCCUUGACAAUACUCCAGUCCCUUUCUCAGCCUGAGGAUGUCUCUAUGAAGCAGAAUCUUCAUGCCAGGAUAUCAGGUUUGCCCAUCUGUCCUGAAUUAGUGAGAGAACACAUUCCUAAAACCAAGGAUGUAGGACACUUCUUAUCUGUCACUGGGACAGUGAUUCGGACAAGUAUGGUGAAAGUCCUGGAGUUUGAGCGGGACUACAUGUGCAACAAAUGCAAGCAUGUUUUUGUGGUCAAAGCUGACUUUGAGCAGUAUUACACCUUCUGCCGGCCAUCUUCAUGUCCCAGCUUGGAGAGCUGCAAUUCCUCAAAAUUCACUUGCCUCUCAGGCUUGUCUUCAUCUACACCUGCUAGGUGUAGAGAUUACCAAGAAAUAAAAAUUCAAGAACAAGUUCAAAGGCUAUCUGUUGGAAGUAUUCCACGAUCUAUGAAAGUGAUCCUAGAAGAUGACUUAGUAGACAGUUGCAAAUCUGGUGAUGACAUCACUAUCUUUGGAGUUGUAAUGCAGCGUUGGAAACCCUUUCAGCAAGAUGUACGCUGUGAGGUGGAGAUAGUCCUGAAAGCCAACUAUGUCCAAGUAAACAAUGAGCAGUCUUCGGGUAUUGUCAUGGAUGAGGAAGUUCGAAAGGAAUUUGAAGAGUUUUGGGAAUACUAUAAGAGUGAUCCUUUUGCAGGAAGGAAUGAAAUACUGGCCAGCUUGUGCCCUCAGGUGUUUGGGAUGUAUCUAGUAAAGCUUGCUGUGUCUCUGGUGCUAGCUGGUGGGAUUCCAAGGACAGAUGCCGCAGGAACAAGGGUCAGGGGUGAAUCUCAUCUUUUACUGGUUGGGGAUCCUGGUACAGGGAAAUCUCAAUUCCUCAAAUAUGCGGCAAAGAUUACACCAAGAUCUGUGCUGACCACAGGAAUUGGAUCUACUAGUGCAGGUCUGACAGUAACUGCUGUAAAAGACUCAGGAGAAUGGAAUUUAGAAGCGGGGGCCUUAGUGCUUGCAGAUGCCGGUCUUUGCUGUAUUGAUGAGUUUAAUAGCCUCAAAGAGCAUGAUAGAACCAGUAUCCAUGAAGCCAUGGAGCAGCAAACCAUAAGUGUUGCUAAAGCUGGCCUUGUGUGCAAGCUGAACACAAGGACCACCAUCCUGGCAGCAACUAAUCCCAAAGGCCAGUAUGACCCCCAUGAAUCUGUGUCUGUGAACAUUGCCCUUGGCAGUCCACUCUUAAGUCGAUUUGACCUGAUCCUGGUUUUGCUUGAUACCAAGAAUGAAGACUGGGAUCGCAUAAUUUCCUCAUUUAUCUUAGAAAACAAAGGUUACCCAAGCAAAUCGGAGAAGCUUUGGAGCAUGGAGAAGAUGAAAACCUACUUCUGCCUCAUUAGGAAUCUCCAGCCUACACUGUCUGAUGUGGGGAAUCAGGUUCUUCUCCGGUAUUAUCAGAUGCAAAGGCAGAGCGAUUCCCGGAAUGCAGCCCGGACAACCAUCCGCCUGUUGGAAAGCUUGAUCCGAUUAGCAGAAGCUCAUGCUCGCCUGAUGUUCCGCAGUACUGUGACUCUGGAAGAUGCGAUUACAGCGGUGUCAGUAAUGGAGUCCUCCAUGCAGGGAGGUGCACUGCUAGGAGGUGUGAAUGCUCUCCAUACUUCAUUUCCUGAAAAUCCACAAGCACAGUACCGGAGGCAGUGUGAACUCAUUCUGGAAAAGCUGGAACUUCAGAACCUCUUAAGUGAAGAGCUUCAAAGACUUGAAAGGUUACAGAAUGAGAGUAUGCUCCAACCCCAGCCACAAGCAGUAGAGGCAGAGACUGCUCCAGGAUCCUCAGGAAACAAUCCAAAGGAAGAACCAAACUUGAGAACUUCAACACAACAGGAACCAAAUUGUAGUACCCAUGCCUCUCCUGCGAUCAACAGCCCUGGAGAAAACCCUCCUGUAGACCCUCCAUUCUCUAGGGGACCAAAUAGAUCAACAAAUAGGAAACAUUCAGCUGAGCACAGAUAUAGUAGAGAUGGUGGUUUGGACUGGUUUGACUUAAUGGCAACCCCUCAGAUUGAACAGAAAAACACUAGUCUUGUGCCUCCUGUUCCCAAAACAACUGAGGAGAAUAUGUUGUUAAAAUCAUCUAGUAUAUCUCAAGGAAAGAGUGAGCCAGGAAAAAGGAGCAAAUUAGACGUGGGGCAGCUUCCAUCACCAGGAGCCACACGUGCUCCACUGAGGUCAUCCCAUGUCAAAGGUAAAAAGGCAAAAAGAGGAACAGUAGUGUCUGAAAAAGCAGUUCACACUGCUGGGCCAGAAUCAGUACAGACUCUUCAUGUCCCCAGCCAACUGCACAAUCUUCGAAAGAAAGAGGCCCAGAGGUCAUACACAAGUACUCCCGGAGCAGAUUCACAACCCACCUUGCCUUCCCCUCUUCAGGCCAUUUGUGGACUUGGACCCGAACGAAUCUCAGAAAUGUCCCCCCAAAAGAGACCAAAAUCUCUUCCUCAGGACAAAGAGUCUGAACUUGAAAUUGCUGAGAGUCUAACUCCUCCACUGGCCAAACUGGCAAAAUUUACUUUCAAAAGGAAGUCAAAACUCAUCUACUCCUCUGAAGACCACAGUCCUGUGUCUCCUGGCACAAGUAAAAUAGCAGUUCAUAGUCCUGAAACUCCCCAACACAAAACAGGCAAAGACGCAGCCCUGCCUGUGAAAGGUCCAGAAAAGUUGACAUCAAAUUCAGGAAACAGAAGCUCCAAUCAACAGAAGAGUAGAACAAAGGAGCUGUCAUGGCAGCCACUGGAGAAAGAUGGAUCAAGAGAAGAAAGGGAAUGUGGGGCUGAAAAGAGGAUUAUUGAGCCUGAAUUGGAGCUUGGGAACAAGACAGAGAGUUCUCAUCUUGCUUGUGAGAAAAACAGAAAGGAAGAGGUUUCAUGCAGUAAUAAAGGCAGCAAGGUUCAUGCUGGCACAUUAGCCAGAUUGGCAAACUUCUCCUUUACUUCAUCAGAAUCCAAAUCAGAAUCCCUUCCUCCUUCUGAAAGGGAGAACUGGGAUGAGAGAGGCCCUAGCCCUCCUGCCACAACCACUUCUCCAGUGCUUGGCAGCAAAAGGAAGUCUUUUCAUCUACAGGGGCCUACUGAGAAAAUGAAUGUUUCCAAAAGGUCUCUCUUCACUCUAUCAGAACUGGAUGACGAAGCAUUAGAUUUUGAUUGGGAUGAAGAGAUGAGAAAAAAGACAUGAUCUGUAAUGCUUUCUGGUCGAAUUUCUUCUUCAACUCAACACUGCCUUCAGAAUAUCAUUGUGGAAUUUAUAAACAUAUAUACUGUCUUUCCAUACUGAGUACCAUUCCAAAUACCAAUUCCCCAUCAGGUUUUAUAAUUUUGGGUUUAUCUUUAGAACUUUAAAAUUAUACAAUGAACUUAGGUCAGUGUGAUCCCAGUACUUGAGAUAAAUUCAUGUGAUAAUUUUGCAGAUGUAGUACUCGUAUUCCUAAAGAUGUUUCUGUUUUUUCUAUCCAUCUUUUUUUUUAAUGGGGAAGGGGUUCUUCUCUAAGUCACUUCUUCUGUUAAUCAAUGAACAAUGCCAAGAAUAUAGCCCUUAUAAGGCCAACGAGGUGGAUUAAUUCUUCCUGUUUUUUUUUUCCUUUUUUUCUAGCUGGGAUGUGCUAAGUAUAAUACUGUCAUUUGGGAUGAUCUGCCAAAAUCGUGUGAUUUUACUAAUAAUACUUCUGUGUUGAUCCUCAUGUGCCAGAUUAAAUGUGACUAAUGCUUUUCUAACUUUGAAAGGCAUCUUUACAAAUUCAUGAUCUGACAGUGGGUCAAAUUUACUUUCUGAAGUACUGACCUUUUGAAUUUUCCUUGCCGCCCCCCCCCUUGAACCAACAUUUUGUGCCUCUUAUUCUUUCUUGCUCUUGGGGACCUUCAAUUAGGAGAGAGAACUAUCAUUUCAAUCAUAUAUAAUGUGACAUCCAUCCAAGUGGUUGAUAUGGGAAUUUGGUUCCUGCUAAGCUAUGAUGUAUUUUUUUUUUAAAACCAGGCAUACUAUUUGGUAGAGAGUGAUAAUUCCAUAUGCUAUUAAAAUUCUAAUAUUCUUAGAACCCCGUCAUUACAGACUUUAUCUUCAGAAUUAUGUUUUUGUAGCAUAAUACUUGAUUCCCAAAUUGUUUGAAGGGCUUUGGGACAUAAAGAGUACUAAGAAUUACAUUUACUUCACUUAAUGUUCACUAUAUGAGCUGGAUGUGUAUUGUUCAAGUGGUAGAGUACCAGCUAAGCAAAUACAAGGCUCUUAGUUCAAACCUUGGUACUGACAAGAAAAGAAAAAAAAUACUGAAAUUCAUGCACAGAAACAAAAAUUUGUGAAACCACUUUCUAUAGCAUGUAAGUAUUAAUUCCAAAAUUGAAAAAUUUCUGAAAAACCUUUAAGAACAAAUUUAGUAUGCAUAAAGUCUCGAAAUACCUUAAGCAGCUGAUAAAACAUCUGCAUGCAUAGUGAUGAAAGAAUUUAUUGUUGCAUAUUCACUUAAACCUAUUCUAAAACUUCAAGAAUAUAAACUUCCCAGUGUAUUAUGAUUCUUCAUUUAUUGGAUUUCUCAUCUCUCAGUAUUUUUUCUUUCAUAUUUAAGGAUUUUUUUUUUUUUACUAGAAUUAAAGGAUCUAAAUGUAGUUUCAAUAUAAUCAUGGCCUGAUUGUACAGAUGAGGUAAUUCUAAAUAUGAGCCACAGUGUGGGGCUGACUUUUUUAUGUUUAACUUUUAAAGUUCUUUCUUAUAUUUAGUUUCCCUGCCUAUAUACCUUGAUUUCUUUGGGUAUUUUUUGAAGUAAUAAUGUAUUCUUUUGGGGCUGACAGUACCUAUUGGCUUAUUUUGUUAUCAGGGUGUUUUGAUGUUACUGUCAUUUAAACUGUUUCUGUUCUUUAUUGGAAUCUCAGUUCUCUUUUGUGGUUAAAUUAUAUAGUUAGGACAUUAUAUAAUUCAUAUUUUAAGGUAUAGUAUCUAAUUGUCUCCUGGUGAUUUUGAAUUACCAAGGCCAUCUUUCUUCCUGGUUACUACUUAUUCCUCUCAUAUAUCAUAUUGUUUCUUCUACUAUCCUUAUCCUAUUUCACCUCUGGUACCUUCUGCCAGGAAGUACAGUUUCUGUGUUUAUUCUUGGUGCCUAUCCAAAUACAGAAACUACUACUUAUUAGCUGUUACAAACAAACAUAAUAAUUUGCAGGGAAAAAUACUCAGUAUAAAAACACCCUGGCUGGGGCCGGAAAGGUGGCUAAGUGGUAGACUGCUUGCCUUGUGUGCAUGAGGCCCUGGGUUCGAUUCCUCAGCA